GAAUGCCUUGCUUUGUUUGAUACAACCGCGCAUUCUCUCUAUAUCAUUGGACACAUGCCUAGUCAAAACAGUCCCAUACAAUAUGUAAUAAUGCUCAAUAUUUAUACAAAGAAUCUUUGUCAUCCAUCGAACCUUGUGAUCUACCAACUACAGCCUUUAAAACUAUGCCUCCCUCCUAUUGUCAGGAAAUUAAUCAGACUGUAUGACAUUUACUGUCUGUUUCCUCAUACUUUGGAACCUCAUGGGCGCAGCAUCUUUUGGUGAAGGCAAUUUAGAGGCAGCUUAGACCUAGUGCAGUGUACAUCUCUGCAAUAUUAUAAUGUAGCUAGUUAUAUAGGUAAAGGCUAGCUUACAAAUAUUGACGAUAACCAAGAUCUCAAAUCUGGUUUGUGCCGGCAAGAGACCAAGCUUUGGUGAUACUUUCUUACACGUAAUCACUAAUAGGAUAUUUGUAUGCUAGUUUUAAUAUACACAAAUUCUUUCUUGAGUUCUAUCAAUUUGGAUACAGAACUUAAGUGCAUGGUCCUUUCAUUUCGUUAGAGGUCACAUAUCAUCUCUUAUUCUCUUGGAAAUUCUUAAUAAUCAGACCUUUGCAGUACUGUUUCAGCACGUGGGCUCAUGACGCAAUGUUGGAGCCUUGCGGGCAGUUAUCUUUCGGGGAAGGCAACCUAGAGGAAGUUAAGACCUUGUUCAGUCUCAGUGUUCAAGGAUGCCGACGAAUGAUGAUGCAACAACACAAGCCAUGCACCAGAUACAACCUGCCCUCUCACUCGUCAAACACUCCUGAUUCCCCUGCACCAGUCACAACCUGUGCAGCCUCGAAAUCACAAAAGUUUACAAAUAUACAGGCACAGUACAACCAACCCGACCUGCGCCCCUGCCAGCUCGGCGUUUCUCCUUACUGCUGCAGCAACCUGUCAUCCUCAGUGUCCACACCACACCAACACCCCCCUCGGCUCGCCAUGUCGCCGUCUCUCUUCUCGGGGUUCACCAAGUCGCCGGCCAUGACAGCGCUCUCCGAGAUCGGGGAUAGGACCUUCUGCGUCGCCGCGAUUUUGGCCAUGCGCCAUCCCCGGAGACUCGUCCUGGCAGGCUGCGUAGCCUCAUCAGUGGUGAUGACACUUAUAUCGUCUUCUUUGGGAUGGGUUGCACCUAAUCUGAUUUCAAGUAAAUGGAGUCACUAUAUUACAACUAUGCUAUUCUUUGUAUUUGGCGUUCUGUCGUUGAGGGGAAGUUACAAAGAAGACGGAGAUUCUGAUGAUGAAUUGGAGGAAGUGGAAGCAGAGCUGGAUGCUAACUCAAAGAACAACCAUGAUGAAUCUAAAAAUAAACUCAAGGAUGAUGAUGAUACCAAGAAACACCAAAGAACAUUUCUCAUGCGACUCUUCUCACCAGUUUUUAUAAAGGCAUUUUCGAUUACAUUCUUUGGUGAGUGGGGUGACAUGAGCCAGAUUGCUACUAUUGUUUUGGCUGCUGAUGAAAACCCAUUAGGCGUUGUCCUUGGUGGAGUCGUAGCUCAAGCACUAUGUACUACUGCUGCUGUUCUUGGAGGAAAGAGUCUAGCCUCUAAGAUAUCUGAGAAGAUGGUUGGAUUGUUGAGUGGAGCGCUAUUUCUGGUGUUUGGUAUGAUGUCCCUGCUUUCAGGACCAGAAGGAGAGUUGUAAAAAAAAUUUAUUCCCCAUUGCUAGAAAUCUUAUUCCCCAUUACUGCUUAAAGUCCUUUCUAAUUUAAUUAGACAACCAGUCUGGGCCAAUUUCGUUGGUUGCCAUGUGUUUUGGGCCC